AUUCCACCAGAAGCUUCCAGAUGAGCCCACGGGAUAACCCUUCGACAACACUGCUGAGACACGGAGAGCACACACACUUGGGAAACCCAGAAAGAGGCGUACUGAAAUAUGGCUCAGAGUGACUUCCUCUACCCACAAAACCCAAGGAGGCGACAGGAAGUAAACCGCCUUCACCAGCAGCUGCUGGACUGCUUGUCUGACAGCUUCCAGGUCACCAACAAGCUCACAGGGGUUCUUAAUACCCACUUGGGUUGCAGGCUGGCCUUCAUUGAAAUGAAAAGCGAUGGAACCAUCAAAGAAAACUGUGACAUCAUUAUCCAAGCCAUGACAAAAAUCCAAAAGGAACUGCAAAAGAUUGACGAGGCACUGAAAGACCAACUAGAGCCAACCCUUUAUAGGAAGCUGCAGGAUAUUAAGGAAAGGGAGACGGAGAAGAUUGCCAUCGUGCAGAAGGUCAUUUCUGUCAUCCUGGGAGAAGCUACAUCUGCAGCCAGUGCAGUGGCUGUUAAACUGGUGGGCUCAAGUGUCACAACUGGCAUAAUUAGCAAGCUGGUCUCUGUGCUAGCUCACAUCGGGACUUCUCUCCUUGGAAGCAUUGGCGUUGCCGUGCUCAGCCUCGGGAUAGAUAUGAUCAUUCAAGCCAUCUUGGGAGCAGUGGAGAGGACACAGCUUCAGGCAGCCAUCAAAAGUUAUGAGAAGCACCUGGAGGAGUUCAAGGCUGCCUCAGCAAAGUACCAUCAUGCUAUCACUGAGGUUGCCACUGCUGUGAAGCGCCAGCUAAGAUGAACAGGCAGGUGUCUACACUGGGAUACUUUGUGCUGCCCUCUCUGGCACCAUGCUUAUUUCUUUAGGGUAAUUUUCCAUUUGUCUCCAACAACGUGGAUACAGAUAAACAAUUUGGGGUGCUUGGGUCUUAGGUCAACAGUGAGUGUCCAAACCAGCUGUAGUAGACCCUCAGGGGAUAAAGCUCUAUCCAGUUUUCUUACCCUGUUGUCAGAACCACUGAGGUGUAAAGGCAUCAUAGACCAGCAGGCACAGGCUAUUGCUUCCUUGUUCGCAGCAAAUGUCUUCAAAUAUUCCUGCUAAAUGGAGAGACCAUUCCCAUUUCCUGUUUCAAACAUCACUUAAUGUCUAAUAAGACAGACUUAAUAACAUCUGACUAGACACAGACCUGUGACCUUCAAGUAAAACAUACAUAGUGCUGUUAUUUUUACCCCCAGAUCAAAAACAGUUGUUUGUGAACUGGAAAAGACUGCAAAAUCAUAUCAACAUUUUCUUCCACCAGAUUAAAUACAAUUGUCUGCCACCCGGAAAUGAAGGCAGAGCAACCUCAACAACAUUAUGUUCCAGAAUGAACGAAAGCCAUGCAUCUGCGAGGUUCUCCUCAGUUCAAAGCGUGGCUGGAUGGAUUGGGAAAGGAUGAGAUAAUAAAUGUUGUCUGUAAUGCAGUCAAUAUUGACCACCUGUUUGUCAUCUAUCUCUUGAGUGGUCAAAGUGUGUGGAACAUUGUAAACAAAACAAGGCAUAAAAUGCAGUGAUCCCUGCAUAAAAUAUGUUAGAGUGAAGAAAAAGGCUCACUCCCUGUUAAGAAUUUGUUGAUUAAAGGAAAGUAAUUAAUUUCUAUUUUUCAGGGGGAUAAUUUUAUUUUCAGUACCACCAAAAAGAGGCAGCUCCCUCUGCCCCAUAAAGCAUUUGCAGACCUAUGUUAAUUGCCUCCUGAACUCAGGAAAAGGAGAGGCCAUGGAGGCCUAUUGAUGGAACUUAGUUUCUCUAGAUACAGCAUUUGUUUUCUAAACCUUUAUCUAACCAUUCUCACUAAGCCGUUUUUAGGGUCUACUUCAAAAACCAUUGUAUGUAACAAUGUUGAGAUAGUCCUGGUUAUAGUCGUUUGGUUUUUAACGCAAAGACAAAAAUAAAUCAUUGGUAUAAAGUAUCCAGUAUAUCUCAGGAAAAUUUUACAAGCAGAUGAAGAAUUUUAACUAGCCACAUAACUUUUCCAAAUGUAUUAAUUUCUAUGUUAUCACUGGUUUUAUAAAUUAGUUUCAAAAUAUC